CUACAAGUGGUCUCGCUCAACGUUAAGUCAGACGCUCGCCGACGAUCAGUGUUCGCUCGCUCCUCGUUCAGCGCCAUCGUAUCGCAACGCUGCGCAAUCGUAAGCAUCACCGUUAAUCGUGUGAUUUUUUUCGUACGAUAUUUUUGUUUGAAUUUUUUUUUUUUUGGUUUCUUAUUAUUAGUUUCAAACGGUUUCGGUUUCAUGCCCAUUUUCGAAUUACAUCGCGUGUUUCAAUUGUGUGUGAUUAAGACGAUCGACUGCGGGGAGAAGCAACGUUGAUCAUUGAAACGUCGGGUUUUAGAUGAUCGGGCAUUCAUUGUUGUCCAGUUGUUCGGAGCCAAAGGUGAAUUCGGUAACUGAUCAAAAUGACCGUAAAAUCGACUUACGCGUAUCCAAUUAUACAGUUAAACGCACGCAUCUGUUUAAAGUAAAUUAUCUUUCAGCGUGAUUAAAGGUCUGUAGUAAUGAAAAAAAAUGUUAAUAAUCGUAAUUAUUUCAAUCACAUACUUGUGUAAUAGUGUGCAGCAAAUAUAAUCGUGUAAUUUACAUCGUGUUGUAUAAUAUAUGCAUCGUCAAAAAGGUGAUGCCGAAGAGGAAAAAUAAUAUUAUAUACCUUUAUAUUUCUAAAUGAAAAUUUUUUUUAUCGUAAAAGAAAAGAAGAAUACUUUUCGUAAAUUUGUGGAGUCAUUAUACGCGUUUGUACUUUUACACAGCUUAAACGGCAAAAUAUUAAUUAAAAAAAAUUAAACUCACGGCAAAUUGAAUCACGUGCUAAUAACCGUAAAUUCGACGCUUAAGACGAGGAAAAAAUGUCAUUGUGCAAAAUGACCGGCUCGAUUUUUAUCUCGAAUUGAUCAUAAAUCCCAAGCUUAACCACUGGAGGAAUUAUUGAAAAAAUGAAAGAAUUAAAACCGACUGAAACGACAACGACAAUCAAACAGUUGUGAAUAAAACGGAAACGUCGAGGCUCGGCUCAACAGAGAUGAUAAAUACUAGCCACUGACAUGACGCAAAUGUAACGGAAAUCGGUCAGAGGCAAUACGAAUGCACGUCGAAAAGCUCACCCGCGUAAAUUGAAUCUCGCGGGUCUAAAUCAGGCACGGAAUAAGAAGAGGCUUGGAAAAAAUCUACAGGGUAAUUAAAGAAGAAAGGAAAAAAAGGAAGCUCCGAAAUGAGCUUUUUCAACUCGCUCCAGCAGUACGUCAGCGACAGCGUCGCCAGCUUAAGCUUGAGCCCAAAGAGAUUCUCCUUCAGUCGCGAGGAUUCCACUCAGGGUGGUGGACCUGGGCGAAGUGGAUCGACGGGCUGCGUCACGUCCACCACGAACACCAACACCGUCACUCAGCCGACGAUUCCCCAUGGAUUUCCAAAGGUCGUUCCUCCCCCGGGUACGGUCACCUCGCCACACGCGCGUUCUUUGUCGACGCGUCGGCAAACGCUGGAUUGCACUUCAGGCUCAGGACUCACCGUGCAUCCCAACUCCGUGGGAGGGAGCAUAUCUCCUCGACGAGUUGGUUCCUUCAGACGAAACGUCGCCCCGACGGACCGUCCGCCGCUCACUUUCUGUCGCAGGAGGCCAUCGUGGCCGGAAUUCGACAUCCAAGCAACCUCCGAGGUUCAGGAAACCGACGGUUCGUUCUUCGAAAGCUUCACCGCGCUGUCAUGGAAACAGGAGAACCGACGUCUUAUGGUUCUGCAGGAGGUGGAGGGCAGGGCGGAGGUCCCACCCCCGCCCUCGAGGGAGCAGGGCUUAAACAGCGCUCAGAACUACAGACUCAACAAGAAAGAGAUGGAACAAUUGUAUAUCGAAGUGCUUUAUACCGUCGCGAACACAGUCGGUGCCAGCACGGGACAAUACGCCCACUACAAGGAGGAUCUCUACAGAUAUGCCCAGGAAGCCUUCGGCGUUCCUCAAGACCAGCACCGGCGUUGCCUCAAUAUCGCAUCGGAAGAAAAGCCACCCAUCGUCGUCCUAAGUGUCGUCGUUAUCGAAGCGGAUGGACUCGAGGCGAAAGACGCUAAUGGUUUCAGCGACCCCUACUGCAUGCUGGGUAUUCAGCCGGGUAAUGGCGGAGCACCGCUCAGUCCUCAACCAAAUUUGAGCGCUCAUUCACCCCACACACCCCCGGCGUCACCCAGGCAAGCGACUCGGGCCUUAUCUGACGGCGGUGACAACGACAAUUCUCAUCACGAGAAGCUGAGGAAGCAUCACAGUUUCAGACUAUCUUUCAAGCGUAAGGAACACGGAAGUCGUCGUGAGCAUCGAGACUCACUCGGCGGAGCUGUUCCAGCAAAGUAUAUUCGUGCCACAUCGGUGAAACCGCACACGCUGAGUCCACGAUGGGAAGAAAAAUUUCGCUUCGACAUAGAUGACAUAAACACGGAUAUUUUGCAUUUGGAUAUAUGGGACCACGAUGACGAAUCCUCGGUGUUUGACGCCGUGAGCAAACUAAAUGAGGUUCGUGGAGUCAAGGGCCUUGGAAGGUUCUUCAAGCAGAUCGCUCAGAGCGCGAGAUCCGGCAGUCAGGAUGACUUUCUCGGAUGCGUCAAUGUGCCACUCCAGGAUAUUCCAAGCACGGGACUUGACUGCUGGUAUAAGCUCGAGGCGAGGACACAGCGCAGCAACAUCCAAGGAAGGAUCAGACUCAAGCUUUGGUUGUCGACUCGCGAGGACAGAGGCACCUCCGAAGAGGACAAUUGGGGGGAGUUGAGGCAGCAGGAAAGGCUCUACACUAUCUUUCUUAAUCACGAGAUGAGCAAACAAGGGAACGAGUUCACGGGCGAGCUGCCUCAGACGGCCCUGACGAUCCUGCAUCAGCAUGCAGUUCAAGGGGAUGUCACGGAACUUCAGCAAGCCUUGAUUAGGUGGAUGGCCACUUCGAGGCAGCCGGGCGUGGACCCAAGAACUCUGCAUCGUUUGUUACAGGAUCUGGACUCCCUGUGGCCGACAGACACGCUUUCCAGAGACGAGGAGCAGUGCUUGACCGACUCCUUUAACGUCUUUCUCGAAAUGGCGCUGAACCAGGUUCGCCAGCAUCGCGUGCUCUUCCCACCUCUUCACAGACCGGCAAUUGGAAGGCUGGACUACCUACUGAGGUGUCUUGGUCUGCUCUCAAAUAUGAAGGCCUUCUGGAAGUGCUGUCCGUUCAACAAGGAAAUCCGAGGCGAAAUCAUCACCGCGCUCAGGAAAGGGACACACGACUGGUACGAGGAGACAAUGAACCAGACGAUGUACUAUGACCGUGAGCCUGACCAGGACGCGGAUAAAGUGCUGCAAGAUUUUACCAACUUGGUAACGACGUUGUUAGUCGACCUCCAGCAAGGGUUGCACUACUACAAUAGUCUCUUCGAAAAUACGAACGGAGUUCCUUACUUCUCUGCCGUUUACAAGCAGCUGGAGAAAUUGCUGGCGGAACACGUGGCGACACACAUGGAGCACACAUCAGAGGUACACAAUGAACUUGGCGCUCGAGUUACAGCCGCUUGUCUCCAGCUCCAUGGGCAGGGUCGCGAUGAAGAAUACGUCCUUCCCCCAGGAGCCGAGAUCGGGACACCGAUUUUUGAAUUGUACUUAGCACUCCAAGAAUUCGUCAACAUGAAAGACCACUUACCGCAAUCAGAUCACAAGAGUUUGGCCAUCUGCUCUUACUAUCAAUGGUUUGAGCCAGCCGUCGACAAAUGGCUUGAUCUGGCAAAGUUAAAGGCUAUGCAGAGGAUCAGACGAGCUGCUGAUCUUGACCGUAUAUGCACAGGCGAGCUUAUCGUUAAGCACUGCACAUCGGCAGUUGAUGCAACCGCGUGUUUCUACCAGAUAAAAGAAUUCUGGAAGCAAUUAGCCUGGCCGGAUCUACCAGGUUCAUACAAUUUCGUCUUGAAGAUCAUCGACGCGAUCUGUAGUGCUGCUAACUACUACGCAGAAUUGACGCAUCAAAAAUUGGCCGAAAGUGGCUACUACGAAGAAGUGAUUCCGUACAAAACAACAGAUGAGGUAAUCGCACAGAUGUGCGUCGCCAUCAACGGUCUGGAGUACGUAAGGCGUUGGCUCUUGAGUCUUGGAGAGGAGCUGAACGUCGAAGGAGUCCUCAAGUCUCUCGAGGGUCAGGCUGGUGACUCGGUCAGACUCCAAUGGCGCCACGCUUUGGUCUCACCACUGGACCAAACGCCGGGCCAAAUGCUCUUGUUCAUCAAUCAAAUAAUAUCGAGAAUCGGAGCGAAGAUGAGGGCUCCGCUCAAGAAAACAAUGUUCCAUCUCGCUUGGUCUCCGGACUCACUUCCCACCUCUGAAGCCAUGGCGCCACUCUUGGAAUAUUUGGACAUUCAUUUGGUGAUACUGAAUUCUUCUCUUCUGGCGAUUAACUUCCAUAGGGUCCUGCAGGACGUUUGGGAGGUUGUUUUGAGCGAAUUGAGCAACCAGAUGGACGGCAGUACCGGGGACAAACCCGCUGUAUUUUACGAGAGACUUCACGAGGCUUUGGACCUUCUCGUGGAUUUCUUUCACGCCGAAGAAAAGGGUCUGCUCCACGAGGUCCUGCGAUGCGAAAGGUUCCUUAACGUCGAGGAAAGGCUGCAGUACCACAAAACUGACACCGCCCUUCUCAUAGACAGAUAUUAUCAGCAAAGAUUGCAGGACCAAAUAAACACAGACGCUGUUGAAUACGGCGUUCUAUCGGUGCGAGCGUAUCUGAAUCACGAUUCACUUUGCGUUGAGGUUCUCAAUGCCCGAGAUGUUAUACCCCUGGACCCGAACGGAUUUAGCGAUCCUUUCGUUAUUAUUGAACUUUUACCCCGAAGGGUGUUCGCACAUUGUGCCGAACAACAGACCAACGUCCAAAAGAGAACGCUCAAUCCAAUGUUCGACGAAUGUUUCGAGUUUUCCGUGAGUGUAGAACAAUGCCGAAGUCCCGACGCGAUGAUACUUUUCACCGUCAUGGAUCACGAUGUUUUGACGGCGAACGACUUUGCGGGUGAAGCUUUCCUCGGUCUGAGCAGCAUCCCUGGCGUCGCGGACUCGAAUGCUAGCAUAGACAACUUCCAUGGGCUAAAGCAACAGGAUCUUCCACUAAUGCAUCAGAAGAAUAAAAAUCAUCCAAUCCUGCAAAUUCUUGAGACCCGAACAGGCGACAAAUCGGCCUUGGACUUUGUGAAGAAGCAGAAAUUGCGCUUUGCCGCGACGUAGUAGAGUUUUCCAUCCAUUGGAAUAAACCACGAGAUGUUUGACCAUUUAGUGGUUGACACAAUCAAUAAAGAACCAAUCAAAAUCCAUCCCCUGAACCCACUGUUUCGCAAAGCUAUAUAUAUAUAUGUAUAUAUAUACACGUAUAGGUAUGUAUGUAUGUAUGUAUGUACAUGUAUAUCUUAUUAUACAUAUAGCAACGAUACCGUUGCGAUCAAUCAUUUAUAUACAUAUUUAUAUAUGUACAAGAAUAAUGUCAUAGGCUAAAUUCGCGAUUAACAUGGUGACAUGUUCAAUUCAAAUUUCAUAACUUAUUUCUCCAUCGUCGUAUAUGCACGCGCAAAGCGUGUAUACGUAUGAUGUAAGAUUAUAAAUUCAGAUGACGUUAAGUUGUUGUAAAUUACGUAUUAAGCGAAAAGUGGGCAAAAAAUAUCGCGCUAAUCAAUUGUAAGUGUGAAUCGUGUUAACUUAAUAGGUAUGAUAAUAUGUAUGUUGUUAGAAAAAGAAAGGUUGAGAGGUAAAGAAAAUGAGAGGAAAAUCAUGAAUAACAUGGGGAGAAAUCGGGAUACAUAAAUAUAUGAAAAAUUAAAUUACGAACAAACAAACAGUAACGAUUAAGAUAAUCUGGAGAACUAUUUUUGUGUCGAUGUCGAAGUAACAAGUAAAACUCGAUGUAUGAGAUAAACAAUAUGGUGAAUGUCUAAAAUCAUGCGAGGGUUCGCUGUUGCUAUUUAUAUUUUUUAAACAGAAUGCCGUGACAAGGAACAAUUGCUCUUCGCCUUUUCGUAGCCUUCUUUCCGACAAACUUUCAUUUUCUUUUUUCUUGGUUCGAUAGCAAAAUUCUAUGAGCUAAAGAGAGCUGAUAACAAAAUUUUCUCAACAAUUUCUAACGAUGUUCGAUCUCUUGGGAUUCAACGUCUUCGCGUCGGUAAUAUUUUGCUUCACAUUUAUAGAUAGUAAUCGAAUCCUCGCAAGCGUGAAUAAUAUUUUUCUUACGUGUCAUUGGAUAACUGAAACUGAUCUAUCCACUCUAUUUCUUAAGUAAUACAUGAUAAUCGAAGAGCCUGCAGUAUUGAAUUGCAAAAACCUUGAGAGUCGUCAUUUCACGUAUAAUUUCUUUGCAGAAAAUUUACUGUGCUUUACUUAACAUGUUAAUGAAAAAUUGUUACUUGGAGUAUUGUUCGGAACACGGUAAAAAUGAAUGUUUUUAUGUGUACAUACAUACGUAAAAUUUUUAUUCAUACAAUGAAUAACCGUUUCGUAUCGGUUGAGAGAUUUUAUUUCUCAUUGAACGCGGACUCUUCGAGAAUCGGGUGUAAUCUGUUUCUUCGUAUAAAAUCUAGCCGACGACGAUAAGGAAGGGAAAAAAGAAAACAAAGAAAGAGAACUAAUCACUGCAUCAGCAUAAUUAUUGAUAUAAAUCUCACGUAUAAGCGCACAUGUCAAUUUUCUAACAAACACGCACCGUCGCGUCUCACUUGCCUUAUUUUAACGUAUAUCUAUCUAUACAUAAAACUUUAAAACUCUAUGGAAAGAAAAUUUAUAGAAAAAAAAAAAGAAACACCUAAUUCUUCAGCUGCCUGUCACUUGUCAUAUUGUAUUGAUAUAAUAAUACCGUAACACUGCGAAGCGUGACAUUUUAUUGAUCGAAUUAGAUACCUCUCUGUACUUUAUAUCCAUCAUCGCGCGUGCAGUUCUUCUGCCGAAAUAAUGAAUGAGUCUAUACAAAACCUUUUUCAACUUAAAUAUAAACAGAUGUACGAUCUAUAUCUUGUAUUAUGAAACGAAUAAACGAUUAUAAAUGUAAAA